AUGGCUCCCAAGACAAUCAUUGCUCCCUCUAUCCUGUCGGCUGACUUUGCUCAGCUUGGCCAUGACUGUGCCCGCACCAUGAAGCAGGGCGCGGACUGGCUCCAUGUCGACAUUAUGGACGGUCACUUUGUCCCCAACAUCACCUUCGGUCCUCCCGUCGUUGCUGCCAUCCGAGGCCACGUCGAUCAGCCCACCGAGGCCCACGGCCGGGGCACCUUUGAUUGUCAUAUGAUGAUUGCAGAGCCCAAGAAAUGGGUCAAGGAGUUGAAGAAGGCUGGCUGCAACCUUUACUGCUUCCACUACGAGGCUGCCUUCUCCAGCGCUGCCGAGAAUCCCGAGGAUCAGACCGACGAAAAGACCAGCCCCAAGGCACUUAUUCGAUAUAUCCACGACCAAGGACUGUUGGCUGGUAUUGCUAUCAAGCCUGAUACUUCCGUCGAUGUGCUAUGGGAGAUCCUUGAGAAUAGUGAAGAGAAGGAGAGACCUGAUAUGGUUCUUGUCAUGACUGUAUACCCCGGCUUUGGUGGUCAAAAGUUUAUGGCUUCCGAGUUGCCCAAGGUCCAAGCCCUCCGCAAAAAGUACCCCGAGCUCAAUAUCGAAGUUGAUGGUGGUAUCGGACCCAAGACAAUCGACGAGGCUGCUGAUGCCGGCGCCAAUGUCAUCGUUGCAGGAAGUGCUGUGUUCGGAGCCAACGAUCCUUCCGAGGUUAUCGCACAGUUGCGCCAGUCGGUUGAUGCUCGAAGUGCGAAGUAA